GCUAAGUCUUUAUUGUAAGCUGUCUAUACAAUUUGUUGUGUGUGUUUAAAAAAAAGUCGAGAAAUUUUACUAUAAAAAUGGCGGAGGGUGAUGCGGAAGCUAGCGUAGAUACGCCGCCGUAUGCUGUAUUCUACUGCGUUAUAGGUGCCGUCUCAGCGAUUGUGUUUACCACUCUGGGCGCUGCAUAUGGCACAGCCAAGUCUGGCGUGGGCAUAGCUUCCAUGUCUCAGAAGCAUCCGGAGCUCAUUAUGAAAGCCAUUAUUCCAGUUGUCAUGGCUGGCAUCAUUGCAAUCUACGGCCUGGUUGUUGCCGUGCUGCUGGCGGGCUCACUUACUAAAUUCUACAAAAGCUACCAUGGAUUUCUCAAUCUGAGCGCUGGACUAGCUGUGGGUCUUUCGGGCUUGGCAGCAGGCAUAACCAUUGGCGUUGUGGGCGAUGCUGGCGUGCGUGCUGCUGCUGAACAAUCAAGACUAUUUGUUGGCAUUAUACUGAUUUUGAUUUUUGCCGAAGUGCUGGCACUUUAUGGGCUCAUUGUGGCUAUCUAUCUGUAUACCAAGUAAAAACAGUUGAUUGAGAGUUUAUCUUGUUUAUUUUUGGAUCAUUUAUAGGGGUUUACAUAGUAUGUGCUUAUCAUAUUGUCUUGUUAAUUGAAUGUUUAUAUUUUAGGUCUUAUCUACCGCUUUAAAUUUCUUAUGCUGGCCACGCUCCUUUGCGCUGGAUUAACCGUUGCCGGCUUUUUUAUGCGCCAAAUGAA